AGUUCCAAUCCUCUAACAUCAUUUCCAAGAACACAAAGAAAAUUAAAGAGAAGGAAAAAAGGGAAAAAAAAAUGGAACCAUCAACAAAAUCAAUUCCAAAAAAUGAAAUUUUAGAUGCUCCCCUUCAUAAAAUUGGUUUCGAAAUUUCAGAAAUCUCCCGCCAGAUGAUCAUCGGCCACUUUUUAGUGACCGAAAAAUGUUGUAACCCUUUUAAAGUGUUGCAUGGUGGGGUUUCAGCUCUGAUAUCUGAGUCUCUGGCUAGCAUGGGCGCCUGUGUGGCGUCAGGGUUUCAAAGGGUGGCUGGGGUCCACCUUAGUAUUCACCACCUCAAAAGUGCAAAUCUUGGUGAAAUUAUUUAUGCUGAGGCUAAACCUCUAAAUUUCGGAAAAUCAAUUCAUGUUUGGGAAGUGAAUUUGUGGUCAAAUUUGGGGGAAAGAAUUUUGAUUUCUACAUCAAGAGUUACUAUCAAAACAAACAUGCCCUUACCAGAAAAAGUCAAAGAUGCUCAUGUGAAUCUCAAGAAGUAUGCCAAUUUGUAAUUAGGUCUAGGCGUCGAGUCGAAUCUGAUUGAUCCUGAAAGAGAUUUUCUAGUCAGAGUCGACUCUAAUCGAGUUUGUAAUAGAGUUUAUGUUGAAUUGAGUGGAGUCAAGUCGAAUCGAAUCAGAUCGAUUCUAAAAGAGAUUUUCUAGUCGAGUUGAGUCUAAUCGAGCUUGUAAUAGAUUUUAUGUUGAAUUGAGUGGAGUGGAGUGGAGUCGAGUCGAAUCAAAUCGAUUCUGAAAGAGAUUUUCUAAUCGAGUCGAGUCUAAUCGAGUUUGUAAUAAAUUUUAUGUUGAGUUGAGUGGAGUCAAAUCCAUUCAUGUUCAAUGAACGUGUCAUGGAGUUAAGUGUCUAAUCGAGUUUGUAAUAGAAUCUAAGUUAAAUCUAGUGGAGUCGAGUUCAAUCAAGCUCAUAACAAAAUUGAGUCAAGUAGGCUCAACUUGUGUGUUCCAUAUAGAACUUUUAGGGCUUGUUUGGUCAUUUGAAAUUAUGAAAAAUACUAUUAUUUUA